AUAAUUGACUGCGGAUGAACCUACGCAUGAAUACUUAUGAGUACCCACCGAAAUUUUUACGAAACAUCUUGCAAACGGGGUUGUAAAUGCAGGAUAAAAUAGUAUAACCGCACUCCAGUGCAGGCCUUACCCACCGUUUGACCUCACCCGUAUUUAUGGACCAAAAACCUGUGAGGCUGACGGCCGGUAAUAUUGUGGUGGUGGCUCCAGCAACGCAGCGCCAACAGGUCAGCUCAAGACAUGGAAAGAAGAGCAUAUGACGAUAAAACUGCACAACCUAUCCAACCGAAAUGAGUGAAAAACUAGAAAACGAAGAGGGACGUGUUAAAACAGCAGUGAUGGCUGAAGAAUCCAUGACAGGUGAUUCAGCGGAAUUUCCCAUUCCCAAAUGUUACCAUACGCUCGACUGGAACGAGGCGAAAAAGUUCACAAAAGAAAUUCUCCUUCUUUUGAGCCAGCUACAGGAUCUAAACAAUCUCACGGCACUUUAUCGAGUAACCAGACAACUGAAUCUAGCAUUCAAAAUUUGUGCUGAACUGCGCCCACAGAUGUCAGAGUAUUUGAUAGAAAAUGGAUUCCCUGCGCUUGCAACCCGAUUAAUCAAAAGAAUGAACAAUAUGGGAGUUUUCAGUAACGAUGGAACUUGGUUCUCCUCUUUCUAUUUCUACACUAUCGCGUGGAACUACACGGAUAUCGAUCGGAAUUUUGCAACGAACUUGGCAGUUGCAGGUAUUUGUCACUUGCUUAAUUUAAACAUAGGACAUCCGCCAUAUUUGGAGAACAUAAACAGUAAAAAUGUGUAUUUUCUGAUUAAAGCUAGUGCUUCCAUUCUAUUAAAUAUCGUCAGGACACCUGGAAACAGAGAUAUGGGCCAAUACACCGCCGGAAGAGAUUCGUUGGCCAACAUAUUAACAUUUGAAGAAGAGGAGUCGUUGAAAUGUGUAGCGACAUUGUGCCUGGCUUACACAAUGGUGGAAACGGACGUUCACUUAAAAUCAUUUGAAGCGGAUGGAAGGGCGAGUUUGUUGCAAUUUCUACUGAGCCAUAUAUAUUCAGCUGAUCGUUCAACACGAAGAAGACAUCAUGGCUUCCCGAUGUAUGAAAUACUAAACGCCUUAAGCGCCUUUGCAGUAAACGAACCUAUACAAUCGAUGCUUCUCUACGCAAAGAUCGAAAAAAUAGCGAAUCCAAAGAGGCCACGAUCCAGCGAAACACAGCCAGUGGACUGCAUGUCAUUUCUGAUCAAGUUACUGGAUGUAUUCAAAAGGUCCGAUGGAGAUGUGGGAAGCAUAAGCGCAGAAAACGAAGCGAACGCGGUAAUCCGUAUGCUCUAUCAUAUGGUGUUUAAUCCAGAAAUAAAACACGAAGAAGAGAUGAAAGCGUGCGUAAAGACGAUGGAGGAUUUGAUGUUCCAUCCGAGUGUAGUCAGCAGAAGGGGUACGGCUUUGUUCAGAGUCUUGGAGAAUGCAAUAUGGCAAUCCUCUCAACCAUCGAGCACGAUAGUUUACGACACAUACACGUUACCUGAUCCCAACCAUUGCGGUCCAAUCGUCAUGAGCUACGCGCCGAUUAACAGGCUGGCUGUGCAGUACUUUGUGGAACAACUUCGGGCAGCUGGACUCCCAAUCUGGAAUGACACAGUGGACACAGUAAUUCAGCAUGAAUCUGCUCAGGAUGUGGGACUCAGUGCACUGGCAGGCACAGUUGCAGACCAGACCGGGUGGUUUCAGUGCCUGAAGCAAGCGACCGUUAUGAUAGCUUGUCUAAGCGACGCUUACCGUUUGAGUCCAGGUUGCAGAUCUGAAGUGGAAAGCUUCAUCAGAUCAAAUACAAAAAGCAGACCUAAAGUGAUAAUCUACAUUAUUCUUCCUCCAAGAUUUCACCCAAAUGGAUGGGUGUCGCGACUACCUGGGAUAACGGAAGCGCUCGAUUUCACACACAGAAAGACGUUUAUAGAAUCACUUCGAGAAUUAGUGACACGAGCGGGGAAACCAUACGGUGUAACGGUUGCAAACGCGCCUUUAGACUCAUUUACGUUGGAUUCAGUGGAUGGACAUAGAAAUUACAUAAGUAUAGAAGACCUUAAUGCGCUAAAAUCAUCUUCCAUAUUUCUAAGUUCAACGGAUAGUCCACCAUCUAGACACAGUGAAAUAACUCAAACAGUUGAACAAAUGCUUUCAAAAGGAGGCCUCAGACAAGGAUCAGCCGUUCGAACGUCCAGCUCGACCUCUGUAACACAGCUUCAUUCCAGUGGAUCGGACGAACUGAAGCAAAACCAGGAAGGAAACCCACCGGCUCCCAUUACGGAUGUGAGUGGGUCUAAAUAUGAGGAAGAUAAAGCAAAGGAAAUCUUUUCGCCAAUGCAAGGUAAAGAGGAGAACACGACAGAAGCGGCUAUGUUGGACACACCGAAAACAGAGAAUAUUCCUUAUCCCUUUGAUGGAAAACAGUCGGUUCCUAUGCUGAUUAUCGGAGAGCACCAAUCAAAAGGGAAUUUAGGCAGCGCAGAGCCAGAAACGAAAGGCGCAACCCGUAGUGAUGAAAUCGAAUUACCCGACCAAGAAGGAUUAUUAAAGCAACCAGCGAGGAAAGAGGUCAGCUACAUGGGAUCACACAGUGACACAACAGAUGUGAAUUUGGGAACCAUGAAAACAGAAAGUGUAUGCGGAAUGGAUGUUUUCAACAAGCCCGAGCAAACACCUAUCGCAUCAGCCGAGUUGCCUGCUUCUGAAGAUAAAGAGACAAAUUCAAUACAUAAAGAGAUUCCCGGGGCGACGUUCAGUUCCAGUGACAAGCCACGCACCCCACCAAUUACGCCCACCGUGCCUCACGAUAGCAUACAAGGUCAUGCUGAUGGCAGACCAGACGAGAUAGUUAGCCAUACGGAGCAUGAGCGUAUCAGUUUAAGAGAAUCAUACGAAAGAAAUGCUGAGAAGGAGAGUGUGUCACAGACAGGAUUGCAGCAGGCUAAAGGUUUCUAUCAAGAUGUACCACAAACAAUAGUAACCGGGCCAGAGGACAGUACGGAACACGACAAAGAUCAGAAAGUAAAAGUACAGCACGCACCCACAGGAGUCUUGAGCACAACAAGUGAGAUAGGCGUCGGAACAAGUGCUGAUUGGGUGGAGACACAAGCAUACCGAAAUGAUGAGAUAGGUAGCCAAAGAGAGGCGAAUCUCAAGGAUGAACUAAGCUCAGAUGACCACAAGGAAUCCAAAACCAGUAAAACAGACACUUCAAAACAACAGAACUUAUCACCGGAGACAUCAGGAACACUCAGCACACUGAGAGCAGUGCGCAUUAGUGGAAUUAAAGCAAGACAUAUCCAAGACAUUAGCGUGCAAACACUAUCACCCGUGGAAGAAAUUAAAAGUAUGCCAACAUGGUCUUCCAGUGUGAAUACACCGGGUCAGUUAAUAGGCGCAACGCAAAUCAGUGCAGCAGCACCAACCGACUUUAUUCUCGGAAGCCAUGUGAAAGAUACACGAAGUUCGCCCAUGGGUAUUCAAGAUAUAGUUCGACCACAGGUGAGGAACUGGUCAGCUGAGCGGGUUACCGAAUGGUUCAAUAGCAAGGGAUUGCAACAUUUGCCGCAAAAGUUAUGCGGAGUGAUAGACGGUGUAGUGUUGUCCCAGCUAGUCUGUCUUAGACACUGGGCUCCGGAAUAUUUUGCCAAAAGCAUACGAACAGAACUGGGUCUAACCUUCAUUGAGGGACUUCGCCUCGUGGAAGCAAUGGAAGAAUUAACAAGACGAAGACCAUAAGGAGAAUCGAAAACGAGCAAGAAAUGUUAAGAACGUAACCAAGUAUUGUGUGUAGUAAGUAACGCUUCCCCAUCGUAUAUACCUGUAACGUAUAGCAGAGUGAUCAGUUUGGAUGAUAACAGGAAAAUCGUGUGAUAUGCAGGAGCCGACCAAGGUACACGGAAAUUCUUGACAAACGCCGUUCUCUGUCAAUCUUUGUACUCCGAAGUUCGAUCUAAAAUAUCAUCAACCUAAACGUGGGAUUGAUUUCUAAUGCACCAAUGGAAUGCUUCCGCGGAAUGAAGCACAAUAAAAGAAACAAAAAGACGUUCGAGACGUGCCAUUUCAACUGAGAGGCAACAAAGGUUAGCGAACAUCCGUAUGGAGCAAUUCAUGAUCGGGUCAGCCAGCUGUGAAAAGUAGCAAUGCGUUGGACUUAGGAAACAGUUGAAACUACACACGAGUAGAACCCGUACUUAAUCGAAGAAGUGCACAAACAGCAGUGCGCAGCGGAAAGAAAGUUAAAUGCGUGUACCAGCGAAGUGAGGAGAUAAACAACCACGUGGAUAUAUGUGGCUUUCGUCCAUCGAACAGAAAUUUAGCGCGCUUACAUCACAUAGCGUGCUGUCUUUGCACAUCUGGAACUUGAUGAAACGGCGCUAACAGAGUACGAGCUCCUAAACACGGAUGAGAGAAUUCCAGUUUAGCAAGUCCUCAGUAGUUGUGUAUCACCCGAAACGCUCACCGAGUGCUAGAUGUUGCAGAAAUAUCCAUGUGAUUUGUUGCACAAAUCAAGUUCUACAUGAGUGUGUGAAAGAUCAGUUCGAGAUACAUCACCACCACAGGGUACGUAACGAAAUCCAUGCUACGAUUGAUGAAUUGGGAGACGUGAUAUUUACUCGAUACGACCAAAAAGAAUGAAAUCAGGAGAAGUGGUUCGGUAAGUGACCGAUUUUGGAUGCAGUUAUCAACAUGCCACGAUUUGAUCCUAACCCACAACGUGGAACAUUCAACCUUGACGGGUUGAUGCGAUUUCACGGCAUAAAGUGAGAUUUGCAUGCGGUUUUGUACCCGUAUCUCAACUAAUGAAAAAACAAAUGGUCUGUAAAGCACUUCUUGUUAAAAUAACAUAAAAUCACGAAAGAGACUGAAAGU